UCCAAUCGCAUCAAUUGAAUAUGAACAGCACAUAGAAUACAGCCUCAACAUAGCCUUCUUAUUUCUUGUUGGAAAUCUAUCCUCAAGAAAUUUUUGAGGGCAUAAUAAUCGAUACUUCUCUUGAGGUAUGCCAAUCUUUUCGUGAUUGCUCAAUCAAUCGUUGUUUUUCUUAUAUAGUUAUACACCAAAAACCCCAAGGCGAAACGUAGAAGGCAAAGCUAAGAUGGAAACUUUGAAGAUGCCAAGGCAGAUUGAUCCGCAAGAUUUGGGAAUCCAUGUACUUGUCGAUUGCGAAAGCCCUCUUGUUGAGUAUGUACUCUUAUUUGUUUCAUCUUACCUUCGGAUAAUACUAUCUUCGAAUACUGACUCUUAUAAAGUAUAGUGGCUGUUCAUGGACUUGGGGCCACACCAAUGACGACCUGGACCAAAGCACGGAGGCCACAAGAACAUAUCGAUCGUAAUACCGAAUCUAGCAUUGCACACCCGUCUGUUCCGACGAAUAAAUCUGAGGAUCGCGUUAAUUGGUUAAGCGAUCCAACAAUGCUUCCAGCAGAUAUCACCAAUGCCCGAAUAAUGGCCUUCAAUUAUGAUAGUAACUGGUAUGGCGAUAAUGCUAUCAAAGUUCGUCUUGACCAUGUUGCGGAUGAUUUGAGACGAAAGAUUUUGCGACAACGAAAGGUAAAGAAGGGUAAUGUACCAUAUGUGACUUAUGUUAUAGGCUAAUGAUUGCUAGAAUUGUUCUUCACGACCAUUAGUGUUUAUUGGGCAUUGUUUUGGUGGUCUUGUGAUUGAAAAGGUAUUUUGGUUAGCAAACUAUGAAUUUACUUGUUACUAACUUCAGAUGAAGGCUUUGAUCAAACCUCAAAUGUCGAAAAUACUCGAUUUUACGAUAGGGGUUAUAUUGCUGGGGACACCACAUAGAGGCACUGAUAAUAUUACCUCGAGCGAACUUCUGCAAAGAAUUAUCCGUGCUGGUGCUGCAGGAGAAGCAGCCUCAUUAAUCGCAUUAGAAGCUAAUAACGAAAUGGUAUUGGAUGCAGUACAAGGGUUUUCAAUGGUGGCUCAUGAAAAGAAUAUUCCAGUACAUUGCUUUUUUGAACAAAAAAGCUCCAAGGUAUCCAAAAUGUUCGGCGAUGAUUAUAAGGAUUUUAUUGUGGAUGAAAAGUCAGCUAUCUUAGAUGGCUGUGAACGAUAUGGCCUGCCACUCGAUCACUACCAACUCAAUAAGUUUUCCGAUCCUAAGGAUGGAAAUUGGAGAGAACUUUCUGAUGUCAUCACCAAUCUUUGUGAGAAUGCACAUCAAGAACUAGCUAGUCGCAAGAGUGGGAGUGGGAGUGGGAGUGGGAGUGGGAGUGGGAGUGGGAGUGGGAGUGGGAAUGGGAGUGGGAGUGGGAAUGGAGAUGGAUAUGAAAGUAACAGUCGUGGUGGAGGAGCCAUCUUUUCCGGCCAUUUUUCUACUCAAGGUGGAAAGCAAUUUAAUGGUGGUAAUUUCAAUUCGGGUGGUGGACCAAUGAAUUUUUAAAGAAUCAUCAUUAGAAAGGAUUUAAUCAAUUACUUCGAAUCUACAGAUAAUGAUAAAGAAAAAGGGAAGGGGAAAUAGACAUUAGAUAGGGGGUCUGUCUUUCUUUAUCUCUCAAGAAACAGGUAUGGCAAACGCCACGUUUUAAAUCCAUUAAAAACCACCGCUCUUUGCACCGACUACAC